ACCAAGGGUUUGUGACUCAUUUGGUCUUAUUUGGGAACGACUGAAUCUCGUCGUGGAAUUUAAGCGGGUAGAAUAUAAUGUAGUGUUAUAUUCAUAUAGCGUGGAGAGGAAACGCUCGAGGCAUGUGUAUGACAAAGUGUGUUCUGCCUGAAAGUCGUGUUUAAAUGUAUAUUUCAGAUCAAUCAGUGACGUGUUUUUACGAUAAGCGCGUUCAUUGUUUUGGUCAUGGAACUAUUGUAAUGAUGCCUUCAUGGAACCCAGGAAAAUGGCGGAUGGUUGGCUGCAUUGAAGCGAAUUUGUUUUAAAAUUGGGAUGUUAAAUUGAGUGCAGUCUGUACUGCUCAAACCUUCGCCGAAGGAAUGUGAAACAUUUAUUCCCGAUGUCAGACCACCAACUCGGUAGAGAAACCAAAAAAUGUUCGCGAUUGCUUUGAACGUAUCACUGGCACCACGCUCGAGCCGGUCCAGCCACGUAGCUAGCUUCUAUUUCGGUGACCGGUCGGUUGGUGUUCAGCACUUUCGGCAGCUGAACGACGACUAGUACAACAAGUUGGUCUCCAUCUAUGUGAGAGAGUUACUGUGACCAGAGCUGCCACGCCCUUCACCAUCACUGAAACAUCGUUGCUGUCUUCGCUUCCACCCACUGUAUCUUAGUUUCCUGUCAAAAUGGCCAACAAGCUGUCUGAGUUUGGGAAAAUGCUGCUCCGCCGUCGGGUCCUGGACUGCUCUGGUGAGGAGACCAGAUUCGCCCGAUGCCUGUCCACCCUGGACCUGAUAGCUCUGGGUGUGGGCUCCACGUUGGGCGCUGGGGUCUACGUCCUUGCUGGCCAGGUCGCACGAGAAAAAGCUGGACCUGCGAUCGUAUUGUGCUUUCUCAUCGCUGCCCUGUCCUCCAUGUUGGCCGGACUGUGCUACGCCGAGUUUGGCGCUCGGGUUCCCAAAACCGGUUCUGCGUACCUGUACAGCUACGUGACGGUUGGGGAGAUUUGGGCCUUUAUAACAGGGUGGAAUCUGAUCCUCUCCUAUGUGAUAGGUACGGCAAGUGUGGCCCGGGCCUGGAGUUCCACCUUUGACAACCUGGUGGAGCAGAAGAUAUCUGGCUUCUUCAAGUCCUUUAUGGCCAUGAAAGUACCAGGAAACGUGCUGGCGGAGUACCCUGACCUUUUCGCUCUCAUUUUGAUCCUACUUCUCACCGGCCUUUUGGCUUUUGGUGUGAGCGAGUCGGCGUUGGUGAACAAGAUCUUCACUGGCAUCAACCUGGUGGUCCUGGGCUUCGUUAUCAUCUCGGGCUUCGUGAAGGGGAAAACCGCCAACUGGAACCUCACCAUCGAAGACUACAACAAUUACUUGAACCAAACCAACGCCACCAACGUGACCGAUACAAAAUUCGGAGAGGGUGGUUUUGCUCCUUUCGGUCUUUCGGGAGUCUUGUCCGGCGCCGCCACCUGCUUCUACGCCUUCGUGGGAUUCGAUUGCAUCGCCACCACAAGUGAAGAAGCCAAGAACCCCAUGCGUUCCAUUCCCAUCGGCAUCGUGGCCUCGCUGCUCAUCUGCUUCUUUGCCUACUUUGGCGUGUCGGCGGCGCUGACCAUGAUGAUGCCGUAUUACCAGCUCAACGUGGAGAGUCCUCUCCCAGAAGCCUUCACCCAUGUGGAAUGGCCUUCCGCUCGCUACAUUGUGGCGGUGGGCUCCCUCUGCGCCCUCUCCACCAGCCUCCUGGGCUCCAUGUUCCCCAUGCCCCGGGUCAUCUACGCCAUGGCGGAGGAUGGGCUGCUCUUCCGCGCUCUGUCCAGGAUGAACCCUCGAACCAAGACUCCCCUGCUGGCCACCAUCGCCUCGGGCAUAGUUGCAGCUCUGAUGGCCUUCCUGUUCGACCUGGAGGCUCUGGUCGACCUCAUGUCCAUCGGCACACUGCUGGCCUACUCCCUGGUGGCCGUCUGUGUCCUCAUCCUACGGUAUCAGCCCGGAACCCUCAACUCCUCCAGUCAGACGGAGAAGCUGGUGGAGCUGGUAGAGGGGGAGAAGGUGGCGGUCUCCGGUGCCGACAGUGGAGACGAGUACGACCUGGAGGUGGAGAAGCGCCCACUGAAGGAGGCCUUCACCGCCAAGCUGCUGCUCUUCCCCAGCGCCAAAGUGCCGACUCAGACGUCCGGGACCAUUGUUUACGGCAUGACCGCCGUCAUCUCCGUCCUCAUGACCGUGCUGAGCGUGAUCCUGGCCAACUGUCUGGACCAGCUGCUGGAAGGACAGGCCGGCGCCGUGACGGCGUGUGCCAUCCUGGCCCUGCUGUGCGCCGCCUGCUUCGUCAUCAUCUGGAGGCAGCCGGAGAGCAAAGAAGCGCUGACCUUCAAGGUGCCUCUGCUGCCGUGGCUGCCCCUCUUCAGUGUGUUCGUCAACAUCUACCUCAUGAUGCAGCUGGACCUGGCAACGUGGUGCCGCUUCGCCGUGUGGAUGGUUAUCGGCUUCAUCAUCUACUUCUUCUAUGGCAUCCAGAACAGCAGCGAGGCCGUGCGGUCGUCCCCUCGCAGGUACGAGCCAGCGCUGCAGUCCAAGAGCCCCAUUUACACCUGCGCUGCCAGCGACGGCGACAGCCCCUGAGGGCUGCUGGCACGGGCCCGGGCGGCAUGACUCCAGUCUCCUCACUCAUUAUUCAGUGGCCCGGUUGGACCGGCAGCUGAAUUCUCAAGUGGAGGACGGACGAAACGCUACCCCGGGUGUCGAAGGGAGGAGAGGCAAGGACACACGUUACCUCUGACUUGGAGGCUGAUCCACUUGAUAGCUAGACACUGUGACCACGCCAGGUUGGCGUGCGGUUCGUAUCUUUUUAGCCUUAGAUUGAGAUCUUCUACUGGACCUGACUAACACUACAGUCUGUGGCCGAAAACUGGAGCAUUGUUACUCACUGCUUCCUCUCCGUUAACAAGCCGAGACCUGGAUCAAACAGAGGAGGCAAGUCCGGCUGCUGGUUCUUCUCCAGCCGCUCAAAUCUGCGUUCACAUGACACGCGCCGGGGUGGAGAGCUGGGCGUUGGCAUUAGGAAGCAAAGUCCUGAAACCCAUUCUAAACAAGCUUGGUCGCGCCGGCCGUCAAACAGGUUCAGAAAAGCUUCUGUUCAAACCAGACGCAGACGUUUUAUAGGCCUUCCAGAGCCAAACAAGGGGACCUGAUGCCCUUGCUUUCUAAAGUUGUAGGGCUUCUGCCGUCGGUCAAGUUUUUAUCUUCGCUGCUUCUCUGCGUCUGUCUCACCUGAUGCGUUUCCAAUCUAUGAAAUGUCUGCAGCAGAACCCGAAUACGGCCAUUGUUCAAUUAAAGCUGAACAUUUCAGUUGCUCAAGCACGUCCUGAGCCCCGAUAUAUUGGACGUCCCAAAACGGUUCAGAGAAAAGUCUGUUGUUCAAAUGACCAUCAGAGAUGAUAUUGUAAACAAGUGAACCAAUGGGACAAAAAUAAAUUCGCUGCAAAACACAAGUUAAACCCAACAGACGUGGGCCUCCGUGGAACCCGCGGGGCUGCAGGUCUGACUCUGGUCUUUUGUAUCGUUUUGUUACAAAGUGUAAAAAACACUUUUCAAAAAAGUUCUUUUUAGUUUCAAUUGAAACUUGGCAGCUUGUCUGUUGAGCGCCCUCCACUGGUCAUCGUUUCGUUCUCUCUACUUGAGCUGUCGUUAUUUAAAUGUGUAUAGUUUUACUCUUUUUGUUUCAUAUCUUCUUCAGUUAAUGUUGCUUUGUAGGAGUUUAGCGCCUGCGUGUACAGUUUUUUUUUUUCUUUCAGGUCACUACUAUCGUGAUUUUUGACCAAAUGUUUCUGCGACAAAGAAUGACCGCUCAAAGUCGGUCUCUAAAUUGUGAAAUUAAUGCUUUAAUCCCGAAUCUGGAGUCAAUAACUUAUUGUUGAUCUUAGUUUUAAGUUCUCUACUGUAAGUUGUAUCGUGGAAAUGUGGGUUUGUUCAGCGGAUUCUAAUUAUAUUCGAUUUUUUUAGAAUCAGAAUCAAAUGUAUUGCCAUGGUCGAUGUCAUGGUCUCUAUUUAAGGGCGUUUUUUUUUUUUUUUUUUUUAACUGGGUGUGUGUGUGCCGCUGGAUACUUGAUGAAUUUGUUUGUCGGUAAUCAAAUCUCUAUUUAAACUGACAUGCCUCUUAGAGUCUGAGGGCGGUGGUUUUAUUUAUCUUUAUCUGGUUUAAGUGUCGCACAUUAAUAUGUUCAGCCCUUGUGCCUUUUCUUCAAAUCCCCCAUCUGAUGACAGCAAUGAUUCAUUUUUGUUUUCUAUGCUGUACAUGUCGUGUAUGAAACAAGCUGUAUUUUCAUGUUUUUUUUUUUUAAUAAAAUGAUUCAUGUUCUUGUU